AUGGAGCCGCCGGCCAAGAAGGCGCGCGUGCUCAAGACGCAGGCCAGCACGUGGCCGCGGAAGGAGAUGGCGCCGGUCGUGGCCUCUCAGGCGGCCAUUCGCUUCCAGUGGAUCGACAUCAGCAUGUACGACGGCGAGCCGCUGGCCGAGAACCCGUUCUCGCGAACGCAGCCGAUCCCGGGGCCGCGCACCGGAAGCACGUCCAUCAUUCGCCUUGCGGGCGUGACCGAGGAAGGCCACAGCGUCAUGGCGCAUAUCCACGGCUUUGUGCCCUACUUUUACGCGUCGUGCCCGGACGGCCUCAAGGCGGCGGACUGCGGCCUCGUGCGCGAGGCGCUCGACGCCAUCGCCAAGAAGAACCCGUCGGACGCGACCGCGAUCCAGGGCGUCGAGAUCGUCGAGGAUAUGAUGUCGCUGUACGGGUAUCAGUUUGAGAAGAAGGUGCGCCUCAUCAAGAUCUACUUGAGCCUUCCGCAUCUGGUCCCGCGCGUGCGGUCGGCGCUCGAGUCGGGCGCCGUGCACAUUCCCGGCGUUCCCUCGCGAUCGUACCAGACGUACGAGUCGAACGUUCCGUACAUUCUUCGGUUCAUGAUCGACAACAACGUGCAAGGCUGCAACUGGGUCGAGAUGCCGGCGGGGACGUACCGCGUCCGGCCACCGCACAAGCACGUGUCCAACUGCCAGCUCGAGCUUGACGUCGUGUACAUGAACAUGGUGAGCCACCCGCCGACGGGGCAGUGGGGCAAGCUCGCGCCAUUGCGCAUCCUCAGCUUUGACAUUGAGUGCAUGGGCCGGACCGGCCACUUUCCCGACGCCGAGGAGGACCCGGUGAUCCAAAUCGCCAACGUCGUAUGGGAGCAAGGCGCCGAGCACCCGCUUGUGCGCAACGUCUUUGUCCUCGGCACGUGCAAGCCGAUCGUUGGCGCCCACGUCAUUGAGUUUGAGACCGAGUCGGCGCUCCUCGAGGCGUGGGCCGCCUUUGUGCGGCAGGUGGACCCGGACAUUCUCACGGGCUACAACAUUGACAACUUCGACAUCCCGUACCUCAUGAACCGCGGGAAGGCGCUCAAGCUCAGCCCGCAGUACGCGUGCUGGGGCCGGCUCAAGAACAUUGCCAACAUUAUGGAGAAGAAGGCGUUCCAGUCCGCGGCGUACGGCAAGAGCGACAACUACCGCACGACGAUGCACGGGCGCACGUCGUUCGACAUGCUUCCGAUCAUCCGGCGCAACCAGCAGCUCUCGUCGUACUCGCUCAACUCGCGCGGCUCGGACGACGACCGCCACCGGUUGGCCGUCUACUGUCUCAAAGACGCGAUGCUGCCGCUGACGCUCCUCCAGAAACUCAGCUACCUCGUCAACUACGUCGAGAUGGCGCGUGUCACGGGCGUCCCGCUGGACUUUCUCAUCGAUCGCGGCCAGCAAAUCAAGGUCUACUCCAUGUUGCUGCGCAAGUGCCGCGAAGCGUCCUUGGUCGUGCCCAACCUCCCGCGGUCCGGCGCGGGCGACGACGCGGGCUACGAGGGCGCGACCGUCAUCGAGCCCAUGAAGGCGUACUACACGAUGCCGAUUGCGACGCUGGAUUUCGCGUCGCUCUACCCGAGUAUCAUGCAAGGCUACAACCUCUGCUACUCGACGCUCGUGGCGCCCGGCGACGUCGGCAACCUCCCACCGGAUGCGUACGAGACGUCGCCGUCCGGUGACGUGUUUGUCAAGAGCGCCACCAAGAAGGGCAUUCUGCCGCUCAUUCUGGAAGAGCUUCUGAGUGCCCGCAAGCAAGCCAAGCGCGACAUGGCGACGGCGCCCGACGCGAUGACCAAGGCCGUCCAGAACGGCCGGCAGCUCGCGCUGAAAGUGAGCGCCAACUCGGUGUACGGCUUCACGGGCGCCAACGUUGGCCAGCUGCCGUGCAUUCCGAUCGCGUCGUCGGUCACGGCGUAUGGUCGCCAGCUCCUCUUCAAGACGCGCGAAGAGGUCGAGCGCGUCUUCACGGUCGCCAACGGCUACAAGCACAACGCCCAGGUCGUCUAUGGUGACACGGACUCGGUCAUGGUCAAGUUUGGCGUCUCGACGGUCGAGGACGCCAUGCCAUUGGCCGAAGAAGCCGCGCGCAUCGUGUCCGACAUCUUCCCCAAGCCCAUCAAACUCGAGUUCGAGAAGGUUUACUAUCCAUACUUGCUCAUGAACAAGAAGCGGUACGCUGGCUUGCUCUGGACCAGAGCCGACAAGUUUGACAAGCUCGAUACGAAAGGCCUCGAGACCGUCCGGCGCGACAACUGUCUCCUCGUGCGCCGCAUGGUCGAGACGAUUCUCAAAAAGAUCUUGAUCGAGCGCAACGUCGACGCCGCGAUCACGUAUACUAAGGGCAUCAUCUCGGACUUGCUCCAAAACAAGGUCGACGUGUCGCUCCUCGUCAUCACGAAAGGCCUCAGCAAGACGACCGAGUCGGCGGACUACAAGGCCAAACAAGCGCACACAGAGCUCGCGGCGCGCAUGAAGAAGCGUGACCCGGGGUCCGCGCCCGUGCUCGGCGAGCGCAUUGCGUAUGUCAUUAUCGACAAGGGCAAGAACACGCCGCUGUACGAAAAGGCCGAGGACCCGGUGUACGCGCUGACCAACAACGUGCCGAUUGACUGCGACUACUACCUCACCAACCAGCUCCAGAACCCGAUCGAGCGCCUCUUCGAGCCCAUCAUUGGACUUGCCAAGGUCAAGAGCGACCUCUUCGCUGGCGACCACACGCGCAAGCGGUCCAAGCCGGGUCUUGUGCAGAAUUCCGGUGGGAUGAUGAACUUUGCCGUGAAAAAGGCCAAGUGCCUCGGCUGCAAGGCGCCGCUGAACGGCGACGGCGCGCUCUGCGCUGCGUGCCUUCAAGACGAAGCCACGGUGUACGCCAAGCAGCUCAACGUCGUCGUGACGGCCGAGGCGCAGUUUGCGCGGCUCUGGACGCAGUGCCAAAACUGCCAGGGCAGUUUGCACCAAGAAGUGCUCUGCAAGAGCCGCGACUGCCCCAUCUUUUACAAGCGCAUCAAGGUCCAGAAGGAGCUCGGCGAGGCGCAGCAGGCGCUCGAGCGCUUUCAGUACGAGUGGUAA